UUCCCGGCUUGCCUUCGGUCCGCACCUUCCCGUGGGCGCGCGGGCUAGCGCCCGGCUCCGUUUAAAGCCUUCCUUCCCUCCCCCCAACCUAUAAAAGUGCAGGGCGGCGCGGCAGCGGCACUGCUGCUCUCCCGGCCUCCCGCACUGCUCCGGCCCGGCCCGGCCCGCCCCGUCUGGCCAGCUGAACAGGCCCCGCCGCACAGCGCGGACACCCUUUCCCUGCUCCGGCCGGCGGUGCGGGGCGGCACGCUGGGGGCGCGGCGUGUCUGGGGACAUCUUGUGAUGUUGGCAAGAACAGGACAUGAUCUCACAUGGCGAGAAGCUCUUUAGUUCCUUAAUCAUUUCACGGUGCCUUCGGACGCUUUUUUUCCACCUAAAACGUUUAGUUUCAGCUCAGUGAUCAGCUACCCCAGCUCGGCGGGGGAGCGGAAGGCUUGAAUUAUUCCGACCUGUGAGCGGCCCCUGGCACCAAAAAAAAAAAAAAAAAAAAAAGAAAGAAAGAAAGAAAUAAAAGAAAAUAAAAGAAAUUUAAAAGAAAAUAAAAAAAAAAAACGGGAAAAAAAUAAAAAAGAAAAACAAAAAAAGUGGAAAAUUUUUUCCCCUGUCCACUUCAAGUUCUGAAAAAUCAAAAUGGAUUUAGAGAAAAAUUACCCAACUCCUCGGACCGGCAGGACAGGACAUGGAGGAGUGAAUCAGCUUGGGGGGGUUUUUGUGAAUGGACGGCCACUCCCGGAUGUAGUCCGCCAAAGGAUAGUGGAACUUGCUCAUCAAGGUGUCAGGCCGUGCGACAUCUCAAGGCAGCUUCGAGUCAGCCAUGGUUGUGUCAGCAAAAUUCUUGGCAGGUAUUAUGAGACGGGGAGCAUCAAGCCUGGAGUAAUUGGAGGAUCCAAACCAAAGGUCGCCACGCCCAAAGUGGUGGAAAAAAUCGCUGAGUAUAAACGCCAAAAUCCCACCAUGUUUGCCUGGGAGAUCAGGGACCGGCUGCUGGCGGAACGGGUGUGUGACAAUGACACGGUGCCCAGCGUCAGUUCCAUCAACAGGAUCAUCCGGACCAAAGUACAGCAGCCACCCAACCAGCCGGUCCCAGCUUCCAGUCACAGCAUAGUGUCCACGGGCUCCGUGACGCAGGUGUCGUCGGUGAGCACAGACUCGGCCGGCUCCUCGUACUCCAUCAGCGGCAUCCUGGGCAUCACAUCCCCCAGCGCCGACACCAACAAGCGCAAGAGAGAUGAAGGUAUUCAGGAAUCUCCAGUGCCCAACGGUCACUCGCUGCCGGGCAGAGAUUUCCUCCGGAAGCAGAUGCGGGGAGACCUGUUCACGCAGCAGCAGCUGGAGGUGUUGGACCGCGUGUUUGAGAGGCAGCACUACUCGGACAUCUUCACCACCACAGAGCCCAUCAAGCCCGAGCAGACCACUGAGUAUUCAGCGAUGGCCUCGCUGGCUGGAGGGCUGGAUGACAUGAAGGCCAACCUGACCAGUCCCACCCCUGCCGACAUCGGGAGCAGCGUGCCCGGGCCGCAGUCCUACCCCAUUGUGACAGGCCGUGACUUGGCGAGCACGACCCUCCCCGGGUACCCUCCGCACGUCCCCCCCGCCGGACAGGGCAGCUACUCAGCACCGACGCUGACAGGGAUGGUGCCUGGGAGUGAGUUUUCUGGGAGCCCCUACAGCCACCCUCAGUAUCCCUCGUACAACGACUCCUGGAGGUUCCCCAACCCGGGGCUGCUCGCUCAGAGUCUGCGCACUGCUGGUGGAACUGCCUGUGAGCCUGGAGAGAGAGGUUCCAAAGGACACAAGCUGCUGAGUGAAUGCCAGAGAAUUCUGAACGGACAACACAAGGCCAGGGCUUUCACCAGCAUUGUGGCUGGAGGCCUAGGGUACUCCUCCACAGGCCUUCAGCCCUAUGUUCUGGCUCUGACUUUUGGAAAGGACCUUGUGGAUUUUAUGAAAAAGUUUCAUACCAUUAGUCUAGUUCCAGCCCUGAAAAAUCUGAUGACAUAUCAAAUCCAACCUCCCUUUCUCAAGGCGCCUUAGUUAGGGUUAGCCCUUUUAUAACUCACAUUUGUAUGGUGCUUUGCAAUCCUUGACCAUUCCCUGGGGCAAAGAUCACAAUGCCCAUUUUACAGAUGGGAAAACUGAGAUUUGGGGCUUGCAUGGCAAGACAGAGGUGAGCUGAAUUCUCAGAUCUCUGGGCCCCAUUCUCUCUCCACAGAAUUGUGCUCUUGUCAUGGGAGCAUAUGGCUUAGACAUACCCUUCAGUCCCCUAGAAACCCCCUAGACCCACGAGGAAACAACGAACAGGGACCCAGAGGCUGGCCUGACCAAAUGGCCUGAGGCUUGGUGGCUUUGCUGGUCUGCCUUGAUUCCCAUUAACACCAAACCUGCAAAGUCUUUGCUCAGAUUCAUUCACAUCAGUGCUUCUGAGGUUUCAUUCAUGCUUCUUCCCUGCUGGGUCCUGAGACUCCGAGGGGAUCAGCACCCGUCCAAGACUACACCCGCAGCCUUGGCGGGGCCUGGGUGUGAGCCUGCCUCUGACUCCGAGGGUCUAAGGUCCUGGGGUUUAUGAGAUGUCUCCUCACUGUGGCUCAGACUCCAGACCUGUCUGUGGCAACAUGUAGGCAUCCCCCAGCCGGGGCCCUGUGGGCGGCCACAGGCCUGGGAAACGCAGAUCACAAUCUCCAGGGCCCUGAACUGCUGCUUCCUGGGCCAGGCAGGUGACCUUGCCACUCAAGCAGGGUGUGAGGUGGCAUGGGGGUGUGGGACCCCAGACAACCAGAGGGCUGGCCCCAUCCAGUGGCACUGAAAUGUGAAAGCUUUUUAAAUGCCCUUCCAGCCAAAAGAAUAUGUUUGUGGGCCACAUUUGACCCACUGGCUCCUAGCUCAUGACCCCCAAUUUUUGGCCAGUGCUCCCUUUCUUCACCUCCUUACCCUUCAUUGAAGAUGGGAACCCAGAGAGAUGGGAGAUGAGCUUCGACUUGUUAGGCCAGUCACUGGGUAAGGCAUCCCCAGUCCUUACCCCUUCCCUCCUCGCCCUGGGCUCUUGGACCGUUUGGGCUUUGACGGUGGGUGGGAUAGAACAGUUGGGGGUGCUGGAGGUAGAGGGACUGCUGGCUCUGAGAGUCCAGUGCCACUGGGGUUUUUUCAUGUGUGCGGGGGAAGUGCCCCAGAUGUGGCCACGGGGCACUGAGGGGUGAAAUCCCUUUAUGAGAAGUCAGAGCCCAGAGCAACUGCCCUGCCUUUGGCAGCCUCUGGCACCAGCUUCCCCCCCUCCCCUUUCUGGAUGACAUUUCAGCUAGACUUUAGCUCCAAGCCAUGGGGAGCAAAUCUUAAAAUCAAACCAAGCACUCCUGACAAAUACCUAGAAACAAGAUAUGUCUGAGACGCAGCUGCCCUGAGGGUAGAGGAAAAUCCAAGUCCCUGCAUAGGCCAGGCCCAGGCUGGAGCGGGUGCACCCCCACAGCACUCUGGGCUAGACCAGUUACUGGGUGACCCCGCUGCUAAAGAAGCUGGCUUUGCGGCCAUGGCCCUGUCACCCACCUAGGAGCCUGCCUCUGAUGGCUUCCAGGCAAGCACAUCGAUGCUCCUGGAGAAUUCAUUCCUUUAGUUCUUCUGGCCUCAGAGAGGUCCAAGGCAAGUGCAUUUCUUAAAAGGUAACAAAAACAUUAUCAGAAAGUUGGACAGUCAGGCCAUGACUCCUAGCCUGCAGUCUGCCCCACCUCCCAGCAGCCCCUUCAGGCCCUUGUCCCCUGAUGACCCCUUACCUCAGGAUUCCCUCUUGCAUAUUCAUGGUGGAGUCACAGAGCCGCAGUGUUGAUCCGCACUUCCCCACUGUCAGCUCGCGGCUGCGCUCCGGAGUGGCGGCCAGGUCCCGAGGGGCUGCCGCAGAGGACUGGAAGCAAGUCCCUGGCCUGCCUGCUCUCUUGAGGAAGGGUCUGCAGCUUCUCAGACAUGGGCUGCUUACCAGGAGCAGCCAGCCACCAGACUCUCUUUCCUUUGCUGUGAUUUCUCGACACGGGGAUCCCGUUCCUGGGCCACCCCCCAUCCCAGGAUCAAAGGAGACCUCAGGAUCAUGUCCCUGCCAGUCCAGAGUUUGAGUCCAUGUGUUCCCAGGGGUCCCCUUUAGCCCAUGUCUGAGUUGGGGGUAAAUGUAACCACCAUGCAGUAAGUCUAGAUAUUCUCCUUCCCACAUCUUAGACCCCUAAGCGGCAGGAGAAAAUGCAGCUAUUUAUUGAGGAAACCGUAAUGAAUUCUAAAAGGGAGUUGGUCUCAGGUAGUGUAUUUGGCCUGUGGGCAGGACAAGGGGGGGCAGGAAUCCCACCUUUCAGCUUUAGACAGCGCUGAGCACGGCUGGGGAAGGAAGCAUGCGAACCAGCAGGGGGUGGGGCAGAUCGGGAGUCAGGGGCCCCCUUGCCCGACUCUAAGGCCUGGCUGGAGGAGGUCAAGCUGCGCCUCACCCACCCCAACCACAGGCCCACCCAAUCCUGCAACUAUGGCCACUGGGCCACCCUCAUCCCUAAAAUCACCACGCAUAAGGCCACGUCCCUCAUCUUCCCUAAAAGCACCAUUAAGAACAAGUGAUUUGGGAUGAUGGAUUUUUGAUUUACAAUCGGUGCAUUUCCCUUGGAGUGGAACAGAAAGGAAACGACUUAAUGGCUCCCUUAUUUUCAAGCAUGAAUACAUUUUAAUGAAACUAUUUUAUUGUAUUUGAGGAAAUGGAGAGUUGAACAUUCCAACCAAUCAAUAGCCAAUUAAUUGCUAUAAAGCUAAAAAUAAAUAAGUCCUGAGUCUUUUGGAAAUGCCCCACAAAACUCAGAGCCUCUGAAUCAGGCCUUCCCCUCCAUAUGUGUGCAUGUGAGUGUGUACAUGCACACACAUGCACACCCCUGCAUCUCAGACGUACUUGAAACUCAGACAUAGUGCUGAGUCUCCUCAUGCCGAUUCUUGCCUGCUCUCCUCACCUUUGGUCAGAGAUGGUGAGCAGACCUGGCAGCAGUCCAUCCUGGGGCUCAGGAAGAGGCAGGCCCAUCCCUUGGCCCCACGCCACCAGCUCAGUGUGGGAUAGAGUGGGCAGUGGGGGCCCCCUGGUUGCCCCCCACUGCUGGGCUUCCAAGUCUGGGCCGAGGGUGGAAAUCUGAUUUGGGUUUUGCCCUGACUCUUGCUGGCAGAUGCUGCCCUGGUUCUUCACCCUCUAGUGGCCUUUGGACAUUGAGUAUUUAUAGAAAUAAAUGCAGAUUACAUUGCAAGUGGAACUCUUUAGCUUCUCAUUCUUUGAGACAGUUGACUUUGUCUUAGGGAAUGACCUUCCAGCAUCAAAGAAAUACAUAUCUACUGUAUCCACCAAAGUUUGUGAUGCCUGCAUAAACACUUACUUGUAAAAAAAAAAAAAAACUACAAAAAAAAAAACCCCGACAAAAAAAAAAAAAAA